UAAGGUGGACCUUUCUGCCAAAUCAUAUGUGCUGCCGCUCCAACGUGCAGUGCUGAGCCUGUUCCACUGGAAAGAUCGAUCAGUCAGCAGCAAAAAGCGGCUGAACAACAACGGAAGCGAGAGCGUUUUUUUUUUGCAUUUCAGGACAAUUUCAUCCUACUUUAGGGGUGUGUCAAGGAGCAUGCAUUCAACGCGCAGGUUUAACGAAAAAAAACACCUGCUAAUUUAAGUUCUCCGCUGCAACAACUUUUCAGUCGUCAGAAGAUUUGUUCCCUUUGUUUUAACUAAGGAUUCCUAAAGGUAGUUUUCAAAUCUUGAGAAAUGUCUCGCAAGAAGGCUGCCAAAGGCAAAGCCGCGACCAGCAGCCCGUCUGCGGGCAGCCCCACCGGGAAAGGGAGCGGGAAAGCUGCGAGGAGCAACCCGGGCAUUGUUCAGAUGAACGGCGUGGUCCAUCCCAGCAGACCCUCCAUCAGCAAUAGCAGCGAGUUUUAUGACAUCGCUUUUAAGGUGAUGCUGGUUGGAGACUCUGGUGUGGGGAAAACAUGUCUACUGGUCCGUUUUAAAGACGGAGCUUUCCUGGCCGGCAGCUUCAUCUCCACUGUGGGCAUUGACUUUAGGAAUAAAGUCCUGAACAUUGAUGGAGUCAAGGUGAAGCUUCAGAUCUGGGACACAGCUGGACAGGAGCGUUUCCGCAGUGUCACUCAUGCCUACUACCGUGACGCCCAUGCUUUGCUUUUGCUGUACGAUGUCACCAACAAAACCUCCUUUGACAACAUACAGGCAUGGCUGACUGAGAUCCAUGAGUACGCCCAACAGAAUGUGGUGCUCAUGCUGCUAGGAAACAAGGCUGAUGCCACUCAUGAGAGGGUGGUGAAGAGAGAAGAUGGCGAGAGGCUUGCAAAAGAGUUUGGUGUUCCCUUCAUGGAGACCAGCGCAAGGUCAGGUCUCAAUGUAGAGCUGGCUUUCAACGCAGUGGCGAAGGAACUGAAGCACCGGUCUAUGAAGGAUCCCAGUGAGAAGUUUAUGCUCCAGGAGUAUGUAAACAAGGAGAUAAAAAGCACAGGCUGCUGCAGAACUUAAAGCCUGCCCGUGUGUGUGUGUGUGUGUGUGUGUGUGUGUGUGUGUGUGUGUGUGUGUGUGUGUGUGUGUGUGUGUGUGUGUGUGUGUGUGUGUGUGUGUGUG